AUGGAUGAUAAUAUCCCUUUCAUUUUCAUGGAGAUUUUGCUGGCUGUUUGCAUUGUUUCCUGUAAUCUCCUGGUCUGUGUAACAGUUUAUCUGCACAAGGAGCUGAGGUCGGUUACAAACUACCUGAUCGUUAGCUUGGCAGCUGCAGAUGUUGGUGUUGGAGCUCUUGCCAUUCCCUUCUCCAUAAUUUUGAGCAUGGAAUAUACACUCUGUUUCUACACUUGCAUCUUUAUCACAUGUUUUCCUUUGGUGACCACACAAUUCUCAAUUCUUCUGCUUCUGCUCAUCGCCAUCAAUGCUCAACUGAAGAUUAGACUACCGAGCAGCUACAGUGUGUAUGUGACAAAUCGUCGCUUGGUUGUUGCAGUCUUUCUCUGCUUCUCCCUCUCCUGUCUCAUCGGUUUUUCUCCAAUGAUGGGAUGGAAUCAGUUCCAACAGUACAUCGGCCGAAACAAAUCCCUAUCUGCUUAUGACCGGUUCAUGUGGGGAUACCCCUUACCCCGCACAGCAAGGGACCUUUCCAGUGCCUACUUUAGCCACAAAGUGUCUAUCAAUAGCAGCAAAAUUCAAAGACAACAUUUGGGUUGCUGUUCUCUCACAGCAGUCUUCAGUCCUGACUAUUUGGUGUACUUUGUGUUUUUUGGUUGCACUCUUCUGCCCUUGGCCAUUAUGCUUGGUAUUUAUGCAGAUCUCUUCAGAGUGGUGCGCAGUCAUUUGAGGUCGGCCAAGAAGAGGGAAAUGCAUAUGGCCUGCACGCUUUUUCUUCUUAUGGCUAUCUUUUGUUUGUGUUGGAUGCCACUCAAUGCAAUUAACAGCCUCAGGCUCCUUUGCCGAUCAUGCACAGUCCAUGUACCACUUAUAAGGUUGGCAGUUCUUUUGUCACAUAUGAAUUCCUUUGCCAACCCCCUUGUUUAUGCCAUGAGAAAAAAGGAUUUUGGUGCAGCCCUGAGAUCUGUGUUCCUAAGUUCAUUUCUCUGUUGGACAUCACAGAAGAUUUGCUGCCGCAAACAAAAGAUCCAUCCUCAGGCCUAAUUUAAUGACUGUUAACGGAGCAAAUAGUUUUAGAAAAGUUUCCAAUUUACUUUUAUUAUCAUAUUUGCUUAGUUCUUAUGUUAUUCUUUGUUGAAGAAAAUAUAUAGAUAGGUAGUGUGAACAUGAUAGGAAAAGGUGCUGCCAUCUAGUGCGGUUGCUAAUGUAUAACAUUCUUGCAAAACAGCUGCAAUAUAGUGCUGUAGACAUGCAUGCUCCUGAGCAUCUUUCCUGCUUUUCAACAAAGGAUAUCAAGAAAAUGAAGACAAUGUGAUAAUAGAAGUAAAUUGGAAAGUUGUUUAAAAUUGUAUGUUCUACCUGAAAGAAAAAUUGUGGGUUUUAUGUAACUUGAAAUCCCCCUACCUGUGCUGUCAGCUAUUCUGCUAAGAUUUAUUUUUCUAUUCCAUGCAACAGGUACACUAUAUGACUACAUAGUGUAAUAUAUUAAUGACUUGUAUCUACUAUGUAAAUAAUACUUUUAUGCCCUGUAUGUGUCUGUACCUAUUACUAUAAUAAAGAACUUGCCAUCAGUGUGA